UGAAAAGUCACGUUGCGCUGCGGCACAGAUACAGCCGACAGACUAUUCACAUCACCGCAUCCUUCUGUCGCUCUCCCACCUGCUGAAGCUUUCUCCAAACGCAUCAUCAGUAUGACUCACCAAUACCCAGCGCUGACUCCGGAGCAGAAGAAGGAGCUGCAGGACAUCGCUGAGAAGAUCGUGGCCCCAGGGAAGGGCAUCCUCGCAGCUGAUGAGUCCACAGGCAGCAUGGCCAAGCGUCUGAACCCCAUCGGGGUGGAGAACACCGAGGAGAACCGCCGCCGCUACCGCCAGCUGCUGUUCACAGCUGACGAGCGCAUCGACAACUGCAUCGGGGGGGUCAUCUUCUUCCACGAGACGCUUUACCAGAACACGGACGAUGGCACGCCCUUCCCCCAGCUCAUCAAGGACCGCGGGAUGGUCGUGGGCAUCAAGGUGGACAAAGGUGUUGUGCCCCUGGCCGGGACCGAUGGAGAGACCACCACACAGGGUCUGGAUGGACUGUCUGAGCGCUGUGCUCAGUACAAGAAGGAUGGUGCUGACUUUGCCAAGUGGCGCUCUGUGUUGAAGAUCAGUGAGAACACACCCUCUGAGCUGGCCAUCAUGGAGAAUGCCAACGUACUGGCCCGCUACGCCAGCAUCUGCCAACAGAACGGUAUUGUUCCCAUCGUGGAGCCUGAGAUCCUUCCUGACGGAGACCACGACUUGAAGCGCUGCCAGUACAUCAGUGAGAAGGUCCUGGCUGCAGUGUACAAAGCUCUGUCAGACCACCAUGUCUACCUGGAAGGCACCCUGCUGAAGCCCAACAUGGUCACCCCCGGACACUCCUGCCCCAACAAGUAUACAAACGAGGAGAUCGCCAUGGCAACCGUCACCGCUCUGCGCCGCACUGUGCCCCCCGCCGUAACAGGUGUGACAUUCCUGUCCGGUGGCCAAUCAGAGGAGGAUGCCAGCAUUAACCUGAACGCCAUCAACACCUGUCCACUGGCCAAGCCCUGGGCCCUGACCUUCUCCUACGGCCGUGCCCUGCAGGCCUCCGCCCUCAACGCCUGGAAAGGAGAGCGUGACAACGAAAAGGCUGCCACAGAGGAGUUCAUCAAACGUGCCGAGGUUAAUGGCCUGGCAGCGCAAGGGAAGUACGAGUCCUCCGGAAGCUGCGGCGCCGCCGGACAAUCCCUCUACGUGGCGAACCACGCCUACUGAGCCCCUCGCUGCACAUUCCACUGCCGCCAACCAAUAGUUUCCUCUGCUGCUGCUCCGCCCCCUUCCCUCCACCCCCCCACCCACCCACCCCCCUCUAGUCACAGGCCUGCGCUGUCUACUGUACUUUAGGACUGUCGUGGAGACGUCGAUGCGAUGUGACUGAGUUUGUGUAUUUAAAAGCUGUUUGUACUGUAUCCAUGCUAAAGAGGGUCCAAACCUGUGCUUGUGUAAGCGGUAGUUGAAGUUCAGUGGGCAUUUUAGAAGGAACAGCUCUUCAUCCACGACAGUGCAAGUCAAGAGAAUUCUUUACUAAUUGUUUGCUAACAGUGACAAUUGUGAGGAUGACGAUUGUGACCUGGUCGAAUAACAAGUCAGUAGUCACUCAAUACCUGUCUUCUUUCACGUCAAUCUACUCUCUUUCGCUCAUCUUCCCCCAAUCCAUUCACCACCGACCUACCUUUGCCUUUCAGUCCUUACUCUCAAUUCAAUCACUCCAGAGCUGCUCAGAUCUUGUGUGUGUAAAUCAUGUGUUUCGCUUCUGUCUGAAUGCAGUAUGGACUCUGUCAUCGCAAUACUAACAAUCUCCCUGGCAGCGUGACCAAUCAAAAGAACCGAUAACAUCCGUAGUUAAAGACCAAUCAAAGACUAGAUUACAUCCUAUGGCAACCAGUGUGUGAAGUGUUAUUUAUGCAGAGUUUUCUGUGUGAUUCAGAAGUGGAGGGGGUAUCGGUAUUCACACUCUCACCCCAGCCAGAGACUGAAACCUAGCUGAGGUGGAUGGGUAGACUGCAAACCACUAAACACCAAGUCUCAACCUAACCUUUCUGUUUUUCUCCUUCUGACCUCCAAUGAUUGGGACUCCCCCUGUGUCUACCGUGUCAUCAAAAUAUUAGCUUUGAAUUACAUCGUAUUGAGUUAUGUGACAGUGUUGAUAUAUGUGACGCUUGUUUGUGUUGAUCUUCCCUUGCCCCCUUCCUUGACCAAUGGCCAGAGAAGUAAUAAGGAUGAAUCUGAUUGUCUGUCCUGGGUAGAGAGGGCCUGAGUAUGAGGUUUGUAAGGGAUGGGGGCGUCACUGCUUUGUUGGAAUACUGUGAUGUUUGUGAUGUUGGUAUUGUUCUUGAAGCACUUGGUGUGUCAAAUAGUGGACAAACUUACAGAAAACUACAAUAAAAAUUACAAAAACUAUUAGAAA